AUGUCUGGUACGAAACUUCAGCUGAUGCUGAUGCUGCUAGCGGUGGCGAUUCAGCAGAGCCUUGCGCAGAGAGAAGUGUUUCGACUGUUUGCCAACUGUCGCUACGGCAAGCCCAACUUCGACCCGUGCAUUAAGAAGGCUUUCAAUGCCCUGCGGCCAUGGUUUAAGACAGGUCUGCCCGAGUUCAAUGUGGCUCCGUUCGAUCCGCACCGGGCAGAGUACGUGGAGCAGCGCCGAGGGGACCUCGGAGGGCUCGGAGGGUACCGGUUGCUGCUGACGAACGUGUCCGAGUACGGCUGGGCCCAGUCGGAGGUGACGAAGUACCGAACGGAGCCGAAACACGACCGCAUCGUCUACUCGCAAUACUUCCCGGAGAAGUCACUCGAUGGUGGUUACGACUUUACGUCCAAAAUUCUAGGACUGCCGCGCCAUACGAGAGGUAUCUGGAACCUGACGUUGUACGAUUAUAGCCAGACGACUACCGUCACACGAAUCGGAGGUCCCGGCGGAUUGCUGAAGGUCCGCGUGGAGAUCGACAAGAUUGGCAACAUGAAACUACAUAUCUCGGACUUGUUCCAUGGAGUUAAGAUCGUCGAAUCCAUCGCCGAUUUCUUCAUCAACACGAUGUGGCAACCGACCUUCCCGUUCAUCAAACCGUUAAUCAACGACCUCGUCAGUGUCGCCUUUACGGACAUCUUCAACGAAUCCUUCCGAUAUUUCCCACUCGAUCAGGUGAUACGAAGCUAG